AUGGCCAACGCAGCGAGAGCCCUCAACUGGAUGUACCGCAUGGCCGUUCCUGUUUCGGCCGGUGCUUUCCUCGUCAGCCAGUCCAUAUACGAUGUCAAGGGUGGCACGAGAGCCGUCAUUUUCGACAGGUUAUCCGGUGUCAAGAACGAUGUCGUUAAUGAGGGUACCCAUCUUCUCAUUCCCUGGCUCCAGAGGAGCAUCAUCUUCGACGUGCGGACGAAGCCGAGGAACAUCGCGACGACGACGGGCAGCAAGGACCUGCAGAUGGUCAGCUUGACCCUGAGAGUGCUGCAUCGACCCAGCGUCGAGGCUCUACCCAAGAUUUACCAGAACCUCGGCGUCGACUACGACGAGCGUGUCCUUCCCUCCAUCGGCAACGAAGUCCUCAAGGCCAUCGUCGCCCAGUUCGAUGCCGCCGAGCUCAUCACCCAGCGCGAGGCCGUUUCCAACCGCAUCCGCAACGACCUCACCCUGCGCGCUGCCGAGUUCAACAUUGAUCUCGAGGACGUAUCCAUCACGCACAUGACCUUUGGUCGCGAGUUCACCAAGGCCGUUGAGCAGAAGCAGAUUGCCCAGCAGGACGCCGAACGCGCCCGCUUCAUUGUCGAAAAGGCCGAGCAAGAGAGGCAGGCCAACGUGAUUCGCGCCGAGGGUGAGGCCGAGAGUGCGGAGGAGAUUAGCAAGGCCAUCGCCAAGGCGGGAGACGGCUUGAUCCAAAUUCGAAAAAUCGAGGCGAGUAGGGAGAUUGCAGCAACGCUGGCGUCCAACCCCAACGUGGCGUAUCUGCCGAGUGGUGGAAAGAACGGUGGCGGCGGUCAGUAUCUGCUAUCUGUCGGCAGGGCUUGA